CUUGGCUGAAAGUGCAGAUGAUUCAGAUGGUUUGCAAAAUGACAAGAAAGUUUUUCUCUGUAAAAUGCAAACAAGGCAGCAGUUGGUGUUUCAGAGAAUGCGAGCAGUGGUCCUACUACCGCUUACACUGUGUCUCACUGUUACCGCUAAAGUAAGCCCAAAGUAAGCCCACAGUGGCCAAUCAGGUCCGACAUGGGCUUACUUUUGACCAAUGAGGUUGCCUCCCAUGGGCUUACUUUGGGCCAGUGGGCUUACUUUUGACCAAUGAGGUUGCCUCCCAUGGGCUUACUUUAGGCCCUGCCCGCUCUUUCUCUUAUCAUUCGUGAUCGGAACAUCACAGCGAUUCAGCGAGGUAAGUGGACUUGCAUUUCUCCUAGGUAAAUGUAUAUGUAACUUUGAGAUUUUUGGUGGAUGAUACGGAGAAAUGUAGUCGCUACUGAUUCUUGAUUUUACAUAAAAUGCUGAGCGUAAAAUUCGUAAAGUUUCGUGAUACACGGUGUUGUUCUUCUGCCUGUGGUAAUUGACUACCAUUAACGUAGGUGGCUGUAAAGGAAAUCUCUUACUUAUACGAAAAGAUAUUAAACCCAAACGGUUUAAAAUUUGUUGUUGUGCUUCAUUUCUGGUGAAAACGGGUUAAAUGGUCAAACAAACAGCCUGCCCACCUGAAAUCUGGCUUACUUGUAUGAGGAAGGGGGAAAUUGUCGCAUUUGUUUAAUCAGACUAAACCGAUUAAAUGUAAAAGGCAAACUGCGUACUGAAAUGUAUUUGUAUGUACUCAAAACAGUUUAUUUGUUUUAAAACCGACCAUGGUUUAGCCGAUUCAAUGAGGAAUGUGCAGAUGUAAAGACUGUAAACAGUGCUACCGAAUGUCGAGUAAACAGAAGAAUAUGUGACAUUGAUGUAUGCUCUAGUAUAUUCCGCCAUAUUAAUGUCUCAAGCGGUUUGAAUAUCGAAAAUAGCAGAUUUUAUUUUAUUCGUGUUAAAAAAGAAAGUCUUUACAGUCGCCUAAUUACGAGAUCUUGCGGUCAUGAGGAGAAACUCAUUGGUUAAAUCAUUACAUGAUUUACUACUACCCCAUACAGGUUCAGCUAUUUUAAGAGUAAGGGUAGACAAGUAAUCAGUAGAAAUUACAUUAAAUUAAAUUACAUGGCGUAAUACAUUUAUUGUAGUAUAGUAUAGUUGUUUUGAAGAUGACUACAGCUAACAGCCUAUGUUCACUUUCUUUCAGAAAAUGCAUGCGUAUCCAGUUUUCCGUCGGCAGUCAGCCACAUCAGCCCAGCUCCUCAUGGCACCCACAAGGAGACACGGGCUGUUUGUUGUUGGAGUUUGGAGACUUUGAGGGCCGCUCUCUGAAAGAGGUGCACGAGGACCAGAGCCACGGGGCCCAGAAACUCGUCAGGUACGUGCUACAGUCAAAUGCAUGGCCCAACACCAACAUGGCCCUUUUCAAGGCAUAUAUUUUGAAAAGACGGUCAGCUGAGGGUACCAGUACCAGGGAGCAUCAGCCAUCUCCAGCCUCCAGUGCCAGCGCCUCUUCUCCUGCCUCGUCACCUACCACCAUCCAAACGGGUCCACGGAUGCCUGCCUCUGUAAAAGCUCUGCUGGCACGUGGCAAACACUUGCCUCCCUCACAGCUGGCCAAAAAACUUGUGUCACCUGUGAAACCCUCUCCAGCACCGCAAUUGUCUGGCUCCAGCACUGCACAUCGGCGCCCAGAACCCAUUCCCCAACAGUUGCGCUUCCUCUGUGGCCCUUCUGAGGCCGACGAUGAGGAACUUGUGCGUGCCACACAAGAGUGUGAGACACAGCUGCAAACAGCAGCCACCAUGCCUCCUCUAGCAGCCACCAUGCCUCCUCCAACAGCCGUCAUGCCUCCUCCAAGGGCACCCUGAAGAAAGGCGACGUGGUGCUCAACUGCUACAGGUGUGCCCGUGGCUCCACCUCCCUGGAGUCUUUCCAUCUUCACCUGACUAGGUUUAUCCCAGGUGUGCAAGAUGUAGCCGAUUAGGCUGACGAGGGACGCGUGGGUCCACCUGAUGCUCCUUCAAAAUGACCUGGCUCUUUUUUCUACGUAGGAGAGAGCAGCGAGGGCAAGACGACGUCCUUCUCAGUGCCUCCCGUUCAAUCUUGAGCGGCGUGCCUCUUUGAAGGACUUUAAAGUUCAUAUUCUGGCUUUUGUUUUGUUUCACUCUUUGGUUGAAUUUGUAGCGCUGGCUUUGAAAAGUAAAAUAAGUGAACUGGCUCCAUGCCUCCUCUACAUUAUUUCUCACUUGUGAUGUGAGCGUAACACUCCUUUUGUAAUGUAUGUCUGGUUGUAAUGGAAAUUGUGUUAUAACAGGAGGAGCAUGGCAUAUAAUUCUGUGACCUGGGGUCCUGACUUUUUUGUGUUCAUGUAUUUAUCCAUCAGGAACCAGUGCCAGCGCCUCGCAUUUCCAGGCGUAUCUUCUGGAAGGACUGAUGCGCUGGAACGAGGACAGAAUGAAGGACUCUGUUCAAGCACCCACUUCCAUGCGCACCUACGGCAGUGUUCUGCAGGAGGCCAUGGAUCGGCUCAGCCAAGCCGUUCUGGGAAAACGUUGGGAUGAGCAGUACCGCAGUCCUGGAGUCUACACAGGUGAAUUGUUGGCCAUGGAGUACCUGUACAGCCAGACUGGCAUAUCACUUACUCCAACGCUCCACAACCAAGAGGAGGAGGACCAGCUGGUGGAGGACAUUGAUGACGAGGACAUUGAGGACGAAGGCUUUGAGGAGGAGACAGAGGACAUCACAGUUCCUGUGCUGACUGACGAUGACCAUGACAUUGAAAGGAGGCCCUCAACCACAAGGCGUCGGGCACCUUCACCACCACCUCUACCAGAACUGCCGUCCACGUCUACGGGUGGAGGUCAGCAUCCAGUUGCUGCUGCCGCCGUUCCGUCCACGUCGGGUCAAGGACUGCACCCUGCUGCUACUGCUGCUGCCACCCCUUCAGGGGCUCAGGGCGUCGUCGUUGGACCGGAUGGCAUUCCUGGGUGGGACAAAGUGCAAGAGCUGGCUGCUUACCUGGUGGACCUGCGAGAUGCCGCCUACCUCACUGAGCCACAGGUGACCGAGGUCAUCCAGCUGUGGGCGGCACUCCCAGACAGCGACAAGGAGAGGAUCGACUACCAGCCACGUCACCAGGAGCGGCUGUCGUCUGGUCGAUUCAAGGCACCGAAGCGGUCUGGAGUCACACCGGGUGUGGAGAGCGUCAAGCGCAGCUUGAUAGGUCACCCUGGGGGGCCGGCUCAGUGGCCUGGUACCAGCCGCUUGGUAGACGCCAUGUGCACACGCUUGUGCACUUUGCACAAGUGCACUACCAGGAAGGCCGGUGUUUCCACUCCCAGGUGGACCAGAAUUCUGGAUGAUUACCACCACAUCCGUGACUUGAUCAUCGCCAGCCCAAGGUUGAUGGCAGAUACAACAAUUCAGUUGUUUCAAAUCAACCAGCGGACACUUAUUCAGUGCUCCCAGCAACGACUUUGGCUGCCUCAACACCUGGUGCAGCCCCAUCUGUACCUGCGCCACCUCCGCCCGCUGGCCCGCCGCCUCCUCCCGCUGGCCCACCACCUCCUGUUUCACGGUACACAGAGAGGAACAGGCGUCGGCGAGCCGCUGAAGAGGCCAGUGGUAGUGCGGAGAAAAGAAAAUAUGUAAGGGGUGCGACAUAUAACAUGUGUAGCCAAUGUGGCAAACCCAAGACUAAAGAGUAUGGGCAUAGUCGCUUUGGGAGCGCGACUUUCUGUUCCCAGGCCUAAGGUGGCAAGUCUGUUGAAGAGUGGUUGGAAGAACAGAGAGCUCAAAAGUAGUUCUUCUAUUGUACAAUAUGUAUAUAGUGUGUGUAUAAGUUCUGCUGCUAUUGCUUGUAUAGUGUGUGUUUGUGUGUGUGUAUAUACCACAUAUAUUAUGUAGUUUUUACAUGUACAUAGUUUUCCUGACAACCUUCCCCCUUUACUCAUGCACAUUUCUCCCUGUAAAUUGUACAUUGGUUUGUGUGAGUGAUUAAAUACAUGCUUGGUUUUUAAACUU